CGGGCUCGGCUCCCGCGCCGUAUUUGGUCUUCGGGGGGCAGGCGGCGGGAGGGGAGGCGUGCACGGCGGAAGGGGACGCGGGGCGGGCGGGCGCCGGUGCGCAGAGGGGCCGCUCUUGCUAGCGCCGCCGCCGCCACCUUGGUUGGGGACCCACGAGGCCGCCGCGUCCUGCCCUCAGAACAAUGGGACUCGGCACGCGAGGUGGCUGGGCCGUGCUGAUGCUGGGGGCGCUGCUGCUGCUAGCCCUGCUGAAGGUCGCCGUGGACAGCUCAGACUCGGGGGGAUCUCCAAACAGCACAGUGAAGUCUGUGCUUCUACAGAACUCCAGUGCUACGCCACCAGGGGAUCCCCAACGUGUGUCUGUCAGCCGUAUAAAUGAAUCUUCCAGCAGCACUAUGAAACCAUCAACAACUCCAUUUUCUUCAGUCUCAAAGAAUGUGACAAACACCACCUUGAAACCCAUAGCAACAUCUAAAAUGACAACACCAGGGGUCUCAACAAAAAUGACUUCCACCACCUUAAAGUCUACACCCAAAAUAACAAGUGUUUCACAAAGCACAUCCCGGAUGUCAACAUCCACGAUGACCACAACCCACAAUAGUUCCACCGUGACUACAACCUACAAUAAUAGUUCAGUGACAUCUGUUUCUUCAUCAGUAACAGUCACAGCCGCUAUUAAUUCUAAAGAAAAUAAAGGAUCAAAAUUUGAUACUGGAAGCUUUGUUGGUGGUAUUGUAUUAACACUGGGACUUUUAUCUAUUCUUUACAUUGGAGGCAAAAUAUAUUAUUCAAGAAGAGGCAUUCGGUAUACAACCAUUGAUGAACAUGAUGCCAUCAUUUAAAGAAAUCCCAGGACCAAUGGAAAGAAGAAAGAUUGAUGCAGCCCUAUCAAUUAAUUUUGGUUUAUUAUUAGUUAAAACAAUAUUCUCUUCUUGAAAAUAGAAUAAAGAGGCUAUGCAUAUAAUUUACAAUGUAUUAUAUAAAUAUGUAAAGAUUCCUCUUUGAUCACUAAAGGUAAAAGGGUUUGGUUUGGGUUUUUUGAUGAACACUUAGAGCAUACAGUUAGUGCAAUGGUUAAAUUCAAUUUUCAAAAAUACAUAGUAAGACAAACAAGUCCUGUCCCAUUUUUUUUGUGGCAUUGGUCACAUGGGGCCAGUAAUUGGAAGACAUCAUCACUGAAGGGCACGAUGCCAUCUGGGCAUACAAAUAAGGAGCUUGUCACACACUUAGGAUUUUGACUGUCUUUUUGCUCACACAAAGAACUUCAGUGCUAUUCAGAGCUGGAUAUAUCCUAAUUACUAAUGCCACACAGCAGAAAUUAUACAAGUAAACCAGGUUUUCAGCAUAAUUUUAGUUUGUGUCUCUUCAGAAAUCAUCAAUAAUUUAUACGUUUUAAAACUUAGUACUUGGUUUAAAAACAAAAUGCAUGCCCCCCCCACCACCACCAAAAAAUCAAAUAAAACCAGAAACAAUACCUGGACUUAGCUCUGUUAGAGCCAUUAGAGAGCCUGUAUUUUUAUUAAUAACUUCUUUUGAGCUUUCAGUGGCAGUUGAUAUAAUUAUCUUUUUUUCACUGUGUAAUUUCAAGUAAUUGCAAUGUUUAACAUGAUACCAUAUUUUAAAGACUUAGUUGUUAGUAUUAAAUAAGAAGUUAGAAUAUUUGCUACUGUGAGAAUAUUGUCACCACUGGAAAUUAUUUCAUAUUCAGCUGUUAAUUUUAUAUUUAGUGAAUAUUUUUAAGAGAUGUAGAGCUGCUUUCAAUAUCUAGAAGUGUUUAGUGUAAACACACCUAACUUUUUUUUAAAAAGCCCCUUAUAUGAGUUCUAAAACAACAUUUAGAACUCUAUAUACAGGACUGUAGAUUAAUGCUGUCUUUAUCAAGCCAGGGACUGUGGGGCUCCUCUCAGGCUACUAAACCUACAGCAUGGAAAAAUUUCAUGCACCAUUGAUUUUACUCAAAGAUCUGGGGAAAUAGCAUUUUUAUACUAAAACACCAAUGCAUUUUGGAAGAUUCCUAUGAAGUUUUAAAACACGAAUUUUUAAGAAUUUUUAACUUCUUCUUCUUUGGAUAUUUUUCAGACCACUCCUCUUCCUCCCUUGCUGAAGAGGAGGCGCUUUCGUAUGUAUUAUGUUAAUGGAGAGAAAAAGCACAGUAUUGUAGGGACACCAGUAUUAGCCAAGGUAUUUUGGAGUGUUUUCAGUUUUAGUUUAUAUUCCAACACUCAAAACUCAGGGUUAAGUUUUGACAAAAGAGGUAUUUAGUCUAUACUAAAUACUAAGAGAGUAUUUCUUAGAUGGUCAAAGUAAAUCACACCAAUUUCUGAUAGUCCAAAAAUGAGCUAAGAAGUCCUAAUGAACAUGUACCUACAUUUAAUAGGAAUUAAAUUUAAUAGGAAUUAAAUGUAACUUUGUGAUCAGCUUUUGGUUUGCAGAGGAUGCCAUGUCAAGAACUUUGAUAUAAAAGGAUCAUUUACUCACUGUGCAUUAUGCCCAAUUGAUGUGAUGAAUAUGGAUGAUAAAAAUCCAAAAUAUGGAUAUGAUAGGAUGUAUGUGACACAUGCAGUAUGGAGGAAAUAUUAUGAAACAUGUGUUUACAGUAGUUUGAAAAAGAGCCGUGGGCUGAUAGGUAAGUUGUGUGUUUCUAACUUAGCCCUAACUGGUCUUUCAACCACUGCUUUCAUUUUUUUGCAAAACAUAGUAAGAUAUAUUUUAUAGUAAUGGGGGCCUUUUAAAUUUAAUUUGUUUUGUCUCCUGCAUUCUUUAUAUUUCAGUACUUCAAGUCAGUCAGAACUGUGUAGACAAGCCUGAAAUUUUCUUGAAUACUUGUUUCUUUAGCACUUUGAAGAUCUAAAACCACUUUUAAAGUACUAAAUGUCAUCAUUUGCCUUUCAAGUUUCCUGUGCUUUGGGUUUGAAGUAAUCGUCUUUUCUGUAUGUGUAAGUUGUAUAAUUUUUUUCAAAUACCAGUACUUCAAUGCAGUCAGUUUUUUUGGUUAUCUGCAAAAAUUGAGGGAAACAGUGAUGCAAACCAAUAUUCUGCUUUGGAGCACGUUUCCUAAGCAUAAAUGUAUCUUCCUGAUUGUUUACUUAAGCAAAUGUUCAAUUUUGUUUGCAUUCCUUCAGAAUGUAUUUACUUGAAGAUAAAAGCAAUCCAGAUGUAUGUCUAAAUAUUAGGCAGAAUCCAAUCUAUGAUUUUAAAAUUUCCUUGGAUAAUCCGUAAAAUGAAUAAUUUAAAUACAGAUAAAUGAGAGUGGUAGUAUAUUACACUGAUAAUUUUGUAUUUUUCAGAAAAAACAUGUAAAGCAAAUUCCUGAUACCUUUUUUUUUCUUUUUAUUAUAAUGACCAGCUUUUGGUAUUUCAUUGUUACUGAGAUCUAUUUUUAGAAUAAAAUUUUGUUUUCCACCUAA